CUUCGCUGCUUUUUUUUUUCCAUGUCUGCGGGAAUUUGUCUCGGCUAACGCGGCGGGGGAAGAGUCGGAGGAAACUAGAGCGGAUUUUCUUCUUCUUCUUCUUCUUCUCCUUCGUGAAAAAGCGGACGUUGUGAAGCGGACAAGACUCUUCUGUCGGUUUUUAACCCGCGCGCCGCGUCUCCGGUUCAAGUGAAACGAUUGUUUUGCCGUCCCGUGACGGAGUUUCCCUCUCAGCCGCUGGGUGUCAGGAGGAGAGGAAGCAAAGAUGCCGAAACCGAUCAACGUCCGUGUGACCACCAUGGACGCAGAGCUGGAGUUCGCCGUCCAGCCGAACACCACCGGGAAGCAGCUCUUCGACCAGGUGGUGAAGACGGUGGGUCUGCGCGAGGUCUGGUUCUUCGGCCUGCAGUACGCGGACAGUAAAGGCUACAUCACCUGGCUGAAGCUCAACAAGAAGGUGACGGCGCAAGACGUGAAGAAGGAGAACCCUCUGCAGUUCAAGUUCCGCGCCAAGUUCUUCCCGGAGGACGUCUCGGAGGAGCUCAUCCAGGACAUCACCCAGAAACUCUUCUUCCUGCAGGUGAAAGAGGCCAUCCUGAACGACGAGAACUACUGUCCCCCGGAGACGGCGGUGCUGCUGGCGUCGUACGCCGUCCAGGCCAAAUACACCGACUACAACAAAGACGUCCACAAACCCGGGUACCUCACUCACGACAGACUGCUGCCUCAGAGAGUCCUGGAGCAGCACAAGCUGACGAAGGAGCAGUGGGAGGACAGGAUACAGACCUGGCACGAGGAGCACAGAGGAAUGCUCAGAGAGGAGUCCAUGAUGGAGUACCUGAAAAUCGCGCAGGACUUGGAGAUGUACGGAGUGAACUACUUUGAGAUCAAAAACAAGAAGGGCACGCAGCUGUGGCUGGGCGUGGACGCGCUCGGGCUCAACGUCUACGAACACGAGGACAAGCUGACGCCAAAGAUCGGUUUCCCCUGGAGCGAGAUCCGAAACAUCUCCUUCAACGACAAGAAGUUCCUCAUCAAACCCAUCGACAAGAAGGCGCCGGACUUUGUGUUCUACGCGCCGCGGCUGCGCAUCAACAAGCGCGUCCUGGCGCUGUGCAUGGGCAACCACGAGCUGUACAUGAGGAGGAGGAAGCCCGACACCAUCGAGGUGCAGCAGAUGAAGGCUCAGGCGCGCGAGGAGAAGCACCAGAAACAGAUGGAGAGGGCCCAGCUGGAGAACGAGAAGAAGAAGCGCGAGCACGCCGAGAAGGAGAAGGAGAGGAUAGAGCGGGAGAAGGAGGAGCUCAUGGAGAGGCUGAGGCAGAUCGAGGAGCAGACGAUGAAGGCUCAGAGAGAGCUGGAGGAGCAGACGCGCUGGGCCCUGGAGCUGGAGCAGGAGCGCAGGAGGGCGAGGGAGGAGGCCGAGCGCCUGGAGCGGGAGAGGCGGGCGGCCGAGGAGGCCAAGGCGGAGCUGGCCAAGCAGGCGGCGGACCAGCAGAAGAACCAGGAGCAGCUGGCUGCCGAGCUCGCCGAGUUCACGGCGAAGAUCGCGCUGCUGGAAGACGCCAAGAGGAAGAAAGAGGACGAGGCCAACGAGUGGCAGCACAAGGCCCUGUCGGCCCAGGAGGACCUGGAGAAGACCAAGGUGGAGCUGAAGAGCGCCAUGACGCCGGCGCCGACGACGCACCACGAGAGCGAGCACGACGAGCAGGACGAGAACCACGCCGAGGCCAGCGCCGAGCUGUCCAACGAGGGCGUGAGCCAGCUGGACCUGCGCAGCGAGGAGGAGCGCGUCACCGAGGCCCAGAAGAACGAGAGGGUCAAGAAGCAGCUGCAGACGUUGAGCUCGGAGCUGGCCCAGGCGAGGGACGAGACCAAGAAGACGCAGAACGACGUGCUGCACGCCGAGAACGUGAAGGCCGGCCGCGACAAAUACAAGACGCUGCGGCAGAUCCGACAGGGCAACACCAAGCAGCGCAUCGACGAGUUCGAGUCCAUGUGAGCAACGCCCCCCCCCCCCCCCCCCCCCCCCCGCCUCCGGGAGAGCGUCGUGGACAGACACCGCCGUCCUCCUAAUCCCCCCCCCCCCGAAUCCCCCUCAGCCUCCCCGGGCAGCAAUCUGGAGAAAUCUUCCUUGUCAAACUUUGCCAAAGUCCUGCCCCACAUCUCCUGUCUGAUAUUCUGGAUUUCUGGAUUUUCUCCUCGUCCCGCUGCGGCGGCGGCGGCGGGCGGAGGGGCUGAAAUACCAAAAUGGCAAUAAUUGAUUGAUUUUGUUUUGUUUUGUUUUGUUUUUUUCGACUCAACACGGCCAUACAAAGCUACUUUUCGUUUGUUUCGCUCGACGACUUGUUUGCAGAGCUUCAGGAAGACUCGGUGUUGUUUAAGUUUGAGACCGGCCCGUCGUGGUUUUUAAAAAGCCCCGCCCCUCUUGCUUUUUUCUUUUUUUUUUCUUUUUUUUUUUUCCUUUGACCCGUUCUGUCGACCGGGGCCCUUCUUUUUCAGUUGAGGGCAGCUUUUAAUUCCCGUGCUACGAACAGGAGGGCUGCAGUUUUUUUGUUGUUUUGUUUUGGGUUUUUUUUUUUUUUCUGGGGGCGGGGGUGGGGGGGAGCUCCUGGUCGACAGGAGCUGCAGUUCGAUCCAGGUGCGGCUCCAGGCUGAAAAAUCCAUUCUGUGAAUUGAAUUGAAUCGACUCGACCCUCGUAGGGGAAAGAGCCACCCAGCUUGUCGCACGGCAGGUUUUUGACCAACGAAUGUAGCAAAAGGUAACAAAGGGAAACGUUUCUUUUUUUUGUUUGUUUUUUUUGUUUUUCCUCCUUAAACAACGCAGAGGUGGUAGGAUUGUGUAUCAUCAGCUCUCGUCGCCCUCAAAAAGUAUUUCUAAAGAUAAGCUACGGGUGCCGUCUGGUGUCGAAGCUCGCCAGGUCCCCCCCCCCCCCCCUCCCCCCCAGGGACAGAUCUCUACCUCAGUAAUAUUGGCCAGUGGUGACUGAAGGUCAAACCCUCGGGCUGUUCCCCCCACCCCACCCCACCCCCUUCUCGCCUCUGCCUUUCUCAAAAGUUAAAGGUCACGGUUGGUUUUACUUGGUCGCUGUUACAUUUUUGGGGCGUCGAAACGUGUCGUUUCUCACACUUCCUGAGGUUUUUUUUUUUUUUUCGGGCGUCAGCAGUCAAGACCUCUUUUUAAAAAAACAAAAAAACAAACGAAAGUCUCCUGAGCGACAUCAGCGGAACGGCCUUAAAUGUCUCCGCUGUCUCGUUUUUUUUGUGGAGUCUUAACUGAGAGAGAAAGAGACUCCCCCCCCCCCCCCCCGAAACAGAGAAAUUCUCAUAAAACAAGAAAACGAAGGGACUCUAUGCGUCGUGGUGUGGGGAAAGAUGCUCCAGGGUGCAUUCUUCAAACUAGUGAACAUGAAAUUCCAGUUUUUUUUAUUAACAAUAUAAUGUUUAUAUGAUUUAUUUUGCUCAUACUUGACAAGCUGGUGGCUGGUGUGUAGGUUCUUUUUUUUUUUUUUUUUUUUCAAAUUGAGUUUUAAAGUGAGGAAACACUGAAGCCUGCCUUUGUUUCGCUUCAGUGUGUUAGUAUUAUAAUUUUAAUUGCCAUGGGGGGGGGGGGUCAGUGGAUAUUUUUUUGUAUCGUAAAGACCCUGAACUAGCGGAACAUAUCGUCACGUCGGUAUCGCCGCCCCCUCCCUCCGAUGACGCCAGCAUCUGUGGUCAAUACCCAUUCUGACACCAGCUGUCACAGUUUGCUUUUUUUUUUUUUUUUUUUUUUUGCUUGUGUGUUUUUUUUUUUUUUUUUUUUUUAAUGUCGCUCGUAUUGGUUGAGAUAGAAGACACAGGAUCAUUUCAUGGCGAAUAAAAAGUUUGAAAUUUU